GGGCCAUACAGUGUUGCCACCCGUGACCAGACAACAUGCAGGUGAAAGGAAUACUGGCUCUGGUGGUCGCCACAGCUGCAGUGGCCUCCUGCUACCAGCUGCCUGAGUUCAUCAAGCCAUGCAAGAGGAACGAUAACGAGUGUCUGAAAAAAACUCUUCAAUCCGUGAUCCCGAAGCUUGGGAAAGGUUACCGGCCGUUCGGCCUGCUGCCGCUGGACCCGAUGCGCGUGGAGGAGCUCGUGGUGGACUACAAGAUGGACGACGUGGAGGGCAAGAUGGCCGUGAGGAACGCCGACACGUACGGCCUCGCCGGGAUACGCAUCCAGGACGUCAGGUCCUUCGCCAACGCCACCGACUUCUACAUGGAGGUGGACGUGAAGUUCCCGGAGAUCUUCAUAGAGGGCGCCUACAAGGCCAACGGCCAGGUGGUGGUGUUCCCCAUCAGGGGCAACGGCGUCUUCAACAUCAGCAUGAGUGACGUGGCGGCCACGUGGAAGCUGACGGGACACGUGGAGGACCGAGACGGGGAGGCGUACCUGCGGCUGGACCACUUCACCAUGAGGCCCGAGGUCGGCGACAUGAAGGUGUACGCCUCGGAUCUCUUCACCGGCUCACCGGAGCUCAACGAGGCGGCGCUGCGCUUCGCCAACCAGUUCUGGCCGCUGGUGUACGGCGUGCUGCUGCCGUACGUGGAGGGCGGCUGGGACCGCGUCAUGACCGGCGUCGCGAACAAGGUGUUCCAGAGCGUGCCCUACUCGGCGCUGUUCCCGCAGGAGUGAGGGACCGCCCCUCCUUCCCCCACCAACACCACCACUCCCGGCUGGAAGAGGGGGAGCAACCCGCAGAUAACCUCUCUCCGGAUCUGAAUGUCUCCUGCUGCAGUCUGGUCAUUGCCGAAGCUCUAAUACCUUCCCGAUCAAAAAAAAAGGGGGGGUUGUCUGUAAAGUCGGUUCGCGGACGACAAUUUUACGUGAUAAAGUCAUAAGAAAACAUUGAUAAAAAAAAUUGCAUACUUUUUAAUUUUCAAAUAUUAUUUACAGUUUUUUUUUUUCAAAAAUUUAAUUUUAAAUAAUUUGUUUGAAUAAAUUCACGAACAAUUGGUUAAAAAAAGCCCCACCUUAAACCUGUUUGAUAUUAUGGAAGAUUUUCUCGCACGAUGGUUUGGCCGGUUCUCGGCACGCUCGGCUCAGGCGGAACGUGACGAUUUUUUCGUGCGUGCAGCCGGCGUUCGUCGAUUUAUUAAGACGUUAUCACGUCAAAAAGGGAGUGAUCCCUAGCCGUUCCGUUUGAAUUUAUUGCUCUGGAAUGUAUGAAACCAACUGGGAAUUUCUCCCACCCUACCCUGAUGGGGCGCAUGUGUGGGAGGGGAACGUGAGAAUGCUGGCCGUAGGUCGGAACAAUCUGCAGUCUGGGCUUUUCCAAUCCAGCGUUCUCCGGUUCGGCGCGUUGCGCAAUACACCCUUGAUCGAGCCAUUACUGCUAAAUAAAUUUUAUUUUUCACGUUGUUAAUGUACUUUUUUUUGUCCCUUAAUUUGUCGUUUAAUUUGUGCCAGUAUUUGUUUCAUGACAUUACUUUUUUUUUGCAGAAGAAGAGAUUCUAAUCAUGGACACAAAGUAUCUAAUAUCUAUUAUAAACUUUUUUCAAAACAUUUAACACUUAAGUGUUUAUCCAUUUUUCACCAAAACAAAGACUUUCGUAUCAGUAUCAUCCCAAUUAUGCUAAGAUAAUCGGCGAAUGCAUAUAUAUAUAUAUUUUUGUGGUAGCUCGUUUCCGGCUAAUUUAAGCUACCUAGCGGGUUUCCGUUAUUUAUAAACGACACACCUUCCUAGGUUGCCCUAAAGGCACUGAAAAUGAAAAAAAAAAAAAUUGAAUUGCUUGAUUAAGUCGAGAUUUAAAAACAAAAAACGAAGUAUUUUUCGGUUGAACUGAAAUAUUUGUCUAAAAGCUGCGGACAUUGAAGACUCUAGAGGACUGCCUAGAUAGUCUUUUAACGUCAAAGAAACUAGCUUUUUCGUAAUAGGCACUGAGCUAAGCCAGGAACAUUUUUUUUUAAAACUCAACUUAUUUGCAGUUCAACCAAGUUUAUUUUUAUGUUUCCGCAAUAAACUGCAAUUUUUUUUUGUACUUCUGGACUAUAUAUUGAUGUUUGAUUAUCCAGCCAGAUCGCUAAUCUAGCACUACCAUUGUCUCGACAUAGCCUCUACUGAUGUAGGUCGACAGUGGCUCUUGUAUCGGUCGCUUCCAUUCACUAUAUCAGCAAGGAAUUUUAAAAGUGUACAUGUUUUCAUUCUUUCACCUUCACGCGACUUAAGUUGGUGACGUUAAAAAAUGAUCAACCUGUGCUGAAUGCAAAUUUUCAGCUACUAUAUUUCCGCCUUUCAUGUACCUAACUCAAUCUCUUACACCAAACUUAAUAAUGGAAAGCAAUACAAUAAUGUUUAACAAAUAACAUUUGCAUCAAAAUUUUUUGCUAUUGAAACCAAGCUUGUGGACAUUUAUUACUGAUAUAGAUACAUUAAAAUGCAGGUACAUUCAUUUCAGAGGAAAACAAAUAGUACUACCACUGCAUACCUGUACUUAAGGGCGUUGGUGACAUUUUAUAUUGUGAUACUGGUUUCUGGACAAGCUGUCCUUUAAUAUGUUGACCAGCUUAGUAUAAGUUAGCAGUAAAAUGUACUUAAUUAAUUUUUUGAUCGUUUUAGCGUAAAAUGUAAGUUUUGUAGCUGAUUUUAAGUAACCUUCAUCUAAAGGAUGAAAAUUAAAAAAAAAAAUGCAAAGAAUCUUUUAUUCUGUGAAGAAUCUAUGAUAAAGGCUAUUAAAUCAUUAUGAAAAAAAAAUUAUGAAACCUGUAACUUUAAUGAAAUAAAAAUUAAAUAAUGUUUUAUGAUUAUCAUUUUUAUUAGAAAUCCCUUCUUUGAGUUUUUGAGUGCCUAUUUCCAAUAAAUGUAUGUAUUAUGUAAUAGUACAAAAAUAUAUAUCUAGUAAUAUAGCUGUUUAUUCUAUCUUGCAAAAAAAAACCUUUCAUGGAUUUCGAGCAUUUUACUGAAAAAUAUCCUUGUAUUUUCUUUAAACAUAUAAAUUACAAAAUUUACCAAACAUUGUUUGCGUUAGCUCCCUGCCUACCUAAUUUCCUAAGGAACCUAAUACCAUUAGCGAACUAAACAAUAAUCCAUAAUAUUGUACAUCAAAUUAAAAUUUAUUUUGUGUCUUAUUGUAGAAUAUUUAAUAAUAACUAACGUCUUGACAUUAAACUACAUCGCAUUUGAAUGGUCUAUCCAAAAAUUCUCCACUGGACUGUAUAUCUUUUUUUUAUUUAACAAUAUGAGCGAAAUUAAUAUUUAAAAACUGAGGCAAUAAAGAAUAUUUAUGUCAUGAUAUUAAUAUGUAAAACAUAUAAAGUAACUCACAAGGUUAAUUUUUGUUACUUUUUAUUCCUACAAAAUACUACUGUAUGUUGAUUUAUUUUAGCUUAGUAGGUACUCGGCCAAAAGCUUAGUCAAGGAUAAAAAUAAAUUCUAGUUUUAAUUAAUUAAUGGUUUAGGUAAAAAUACAUCUUAAAAGUUUCAAUGAUUAAGAUUAUAAGUGCUGGUUUAGGCGAGGUUUAUUAGACUAGAGUAAUGAUAUUGAUAUCACGUCAGGCACCUUACUUAAUAAAAUCAUAAACAAUAUGACAAACAUACGUGUAAAGCAAAAUUUUUAGAUUUGUUCACGAGGAAAUACGAAAGUAAAAAUAAAAUUAUCCAAUUUGACAACCUUUUUUUGUAAAAUGGAAAAAACUGGUUCUUUUAUCAGGCGUAUAGGCCCCACUCGGUUAUCUUGAGUAGUUUUGAAAUCGCGUUGUUUUUCCUGAAGCUCUGCACACCGUAUGUGUGCCCAGGUAGGCGGGACCCUUAAAGUUUUGGCAAGAAAUCACUUCAGAUAGGUUGCCAAUAUAUACUGUUUAUGAUAUGUGGUUUUUAACCAUUACUGAUGAAGAUGAAGAUGAAGAUUAUGAAGAUAAAAUUAUGAUGAAUAUGGUGAACAAGAUAGAGUUCUAGUACAAGCCAGAAUUUUAUGUAUUUAUGUAUUUUUUUUUGCUAAAAUUAUUUUUAUCUGAGUAUGUCAUCUGCAUUCUUAAGAUUUUUUAUGGGAUAUGUUUUGGUAAAGUGCAGGUACAGGUAAAACCGCAACAUUAGAGAAAAUCUGAUAGGAACUUGAUUUAUUAUUUCUGAGAAGUAAUUUAUUACUCCCCGAAAUAAAAAUAACAGACUUGUGAGAAAUUUAUGGUCUUAAAUCGUAACCUGUCAUUUAUUGGUGUACACUACGGUGGUGAUAUUAAAAAAUUAAAGAAUGUUUGAAAGCUUAUCUUUCUACAAGGAUAGAGGGGCCAUAGCAUGGCAUGGACUAAGGAAAUGUGUCUGUGAACAGGGACAGCAAAAUGACAGAUUAUUUCAAUUACAUAAUUAUUUAUUAAACGGUUUUCGUUUAAUUAGGCGAGAAGCCUACUUAAGGUACACAAUACAUAAUACUGACGGUAAUACAAUAACAAUAAGUUAUACUGUCUGUGAAUAAUAUUACAUAGAAAUUUGGUAUACAGACUCCAGAAAAUACGUUUGCCUUAAACAAAUUAAAACCAAUUUAAAUUAAUAUAGGUAGACGAACAUUACAACUAUCAAGGCCAUGAACAACGCAAGUCACAUCUGCAUAACAGUGGUAUGGUCCCUAUACGGACCAUCAAAAGGGCCGAUGUGUCCACACAAGGCAAACGCAAAAAAUUACAUUGAAUCUGAAGGCAAAGAAAAUACGUGAGCCGCCAAUUAAUACUCGCGAGAAAGUUUACAUACUGUUAUAAGUUUACAACGUCGACGUCUCGGGGGAGAACAGUUACUACCUGAUAAAAAUUACUGAACACACAAAAGCACAAACGGCAGAGAAGUUAAUCGAAACAUAAUUUUCUAGGUGGCGACCGAAAGAGAAUUUAAACAAGACAGCCAAAACGUUCAAGUUACAUUAAGGCAAGGGCCACCGCCUCACUCACAAGAAAGAAUACACUUACAUGCUUUCCCCCCCCCCCUCGAGGACGCUCUCACACGUCGUUAAAAAAUAAGACUAGCUGACUACGUGCUCGUGACUGACAGAAGAAGCUAAUGAAGCUGGAGAAGUAGGAUCGACAAGCCCGAAUAAAACCCUGCCAGCUGCUUAUAUUAAAUCGGCGCGGCACAGCGCGCAUGCGCCAACCCCAGGAGGGGAGGCGAGAAGCAAUACACAGCACUAGGAGGGGAAAGGAGGGAGGGGAAGAUGCGCCGACGCCCGCGGCGAAGCGCGAAGUUCGAAGGCAGCGGACCUGACCGCUGCAUGUUAAUCAACUAACCAAACUUCGGAGUAAGCUGGUGAACUGGAUGGGCUGUAUCAGUAAGAUUCUGGAUACUUGGUAAGCGGUCAAUGUUACUCACUCCUUCGUUGCUGAUUACUAACAUGAAUUUUUUGCAACAUGAAAAA